AGCUCUGCUACAGUGGAUUUUUUCGCUGGCUGUAGCCCUCCUGUGGCAGAGUUUUGCGUCUCGCUGCCACCCAGAUCUUGGUCGGAGCCAUGGCGAUGGUAUUCCCCGCGAACCAAGCUAUCGUCGUCGGUGGCGGCUUGGCAGGCGUGUCCGCAGCCAACACGGUUCUCGAGUGCGGGGGCAAGGUCGUCUUGGUAGACAAGUCCUCUUUUUGCGGCGGCAACUCGACAAAGGCGACCAGCGGCAUCAAUGGUGCGGAGACGAAGACGCAGAAGGCCAAGGGCAUCCAGGAUUCCCGCGAUCUCUUCACCAACGACACCUUGAAGGGUGGGGCCAAGCGUCCGGAGCUCGCUAAGAUCCUUUGCUGGAACAGUGGCGCAGACGUGGACUGGCUUGUCGACAAGUUCGACCUGGACCUGUCUCUUGUGGCGCGCCUCGGUGGCCACUCGGCGCCGCGCACUCACCGUGGCGCGGAGCGCUUUCCCGGCAUGACCAUUACCUACGCCCUGAUCCAGAUGCUUGAGAAGGUUGCAGAGAAGACUGACCGUGCCCGCAUCAUCACCAAAGCCUGCGCCCACAAGCUGCUGACCAACACGUCGGGGGGCAAGCUCUCCGUAGUGGGCCUGAUCUAUUCCAAGAACGGUGAGGAUUUCAAGGAGUUCGGCCCCGUGAUCUUGGCCAGCGGUGGCUUCGGCGCCGACUUCACCACGAACUCGCUGCUGGCGCAGUACCGCCCCGACCUGCUCCAUCUGCCUACCACCAACGGCGAGCACUGCACUGGCGACGGAAUCAAGAUGGGCGAGGCAAU